AUGAUACUGCCAUUGCUGCUCAUUACUGUUGGCCAGGGCAGCUCUCAGAUCAUAAAUCCGGAAACAGCUUCAUCUGCAGAGCAGAAUAUGACUGAAUACUACGCCAAGCCUGGCAUAAAUGACGAGCAGAGGUUGUUCAAGCACAUACUGAAAGACUAUGAUAAAGCUGUACGACCUGUGUACAAUGCCAGUAAGACCGUCAACGUCUAUAUCGGGCUGACACUGACGCACAUUUUCAAUAUUGAUGAGCGAAGUCAAGUUCUUGCGCUCAACGCAUGGGUCGAGCAAUCGUGGCAUGAUGAGCGAAUCAGAUGGGAACCAAGCGAAUUUGGAAAUCUUUCCAAGCUCACACUCGCUACAACCUAUGUUUGGACCCCCGACAUCGUUCUUUACAAUAAUGCACGAGAUUUCUCACGAGGAUUCGUUGCUACCAAUCUUCACGUCAACUACGACGGGGAAGUACAAUGGGCUCCUCCACAGAAGAUCUACAGUCGGUGUCACAUGGAUGUGACAAAGUUCCCAUUCGACCAUCAGUUCUGCUCCCUGAUAUUCCGCUCAUGGAUUUACGACACUUCUCAGUUGGACUUGACUAUGGUUACGCGAUAUGACGGAAAAUCACCAUUCACGAGAGAUUCGUUCACAGAGAAUGGAGAAUGGGAAAUUGUCGACAACCGUACAUUCAAAUAUCAGCAACACAGUGAAGAUGCUGAAUAUGCUACCGUAGUAUUUGAACUUCAUCUUCGUCGCAGAACUCUCUUCUUCAUGUACAACAUUAUUGCGCCAUGUGUGAUGCUAUCAAUUCUGACUGUGACGCAAUUUCUGCUACCGUCCGAAUGCGGGGAGAAGGUAACACUUGGUCUCACGGUACUGCUUGCCUACUCAGUCUUCAGCUUCAAUAUUGCUGAAAGUAUGCCAGAAACAUCCGAGGUUAUUCCCUUGAUAGCCAUCUAUCUCAUGGCUAUAAUGGGCAUCUCAGCCUUGUCAGUCAGUUUCUCGGUAUUUGUCCUGAAUCUUCGACAUGGUGCAGAUUAUUCGGACAGGAUUCCACAAUGGCUCGAGGUGCUUGGCUUUGAUAUCCUAGCACCCGUUUUCGGCAGCGGAUCCACGAAGAAGCGAAGGCAGAGCUCCAAAAGAAUGAACAAUGGCACCGUAAGGCUCGAUUUGCCCAGUGAGGAUUUACUCAGCAAAGAAGUCGACGAUAAUGUUGGAGAGGAACAAGAGUUGGAAAAACUAGUUGCUCGUUGGUCGCAACUGGCUAAUAUCUUCGAUCGAUUAUUCUUCACAAUGAUUCUGUUUCUAAAUGGUAUUACCACGGUACUUCUCCUACUUUUGGCUCCAAACCUGGACGUACCAAAUAUGUAUGAUAGACAGUGGGAACUGUAA